AUGAAAGCGGGCUGUAGCAUCGUGGAAAAGCCAGAAGGAGGUGGAGGGUAUCAGUUUCCUGAUUGGGCCUAUAAAACAGAGUCCUCCCCAGGCUCCCGGCAGAUCCAGCUGUGGCACUUCAUCCUGGAGCUGCUGCAGAAGGAAGAGUUCCGCCAUGUCAUCGCCUGGCAGCAGGGAGAGUACGGGGAGUUUGUCAUCAAGGAUCCGGACGAGGUGGCCCGCCUCUGGGGCCGCAGGAAGUGCAAACCACAGAUGAAUUAUGACAAGCUGAGCCGGGCCCUCAGAUACUAUUACAACAAGAGGAUCCUUCAUAAAACAAAAGGGAAAAGAUUUACUUAUAAAUUUAACUUUAACAAGCUGGUGACGCCCAACUACCCGUUCAUCAACAUUCGGUCAAGUGGCGUGGUUCCCCAGAGUGCGCCACCAGUUCCAACAGCCUCUUCCCGGUUCCAUUUCUCUCCUCUGGACACUCAUUCUCCAACUGGUGACGUGCAGCCGGGACGGUUCUCUGCCAGCUCCCUGACUGCCGGGCAGGAGUUGAGUGAUGGCACUGACAGAAAGGCGGAGCCUUCGGAGCUGGAGGACGGCUCCACCGCUGACUGGCGCCGGGGUGUGGAUCUCAUGUCCUCCCGGAAUGCUGUCGGUGGAGGAGUAAUUGGCCAUCAGAAACGCAAGCCUGACAUCAUGCUUCCUCUGUUCAGUAGGCCAGGCAUCUACCCUGAUCCCCACAGUCCCUUCGCCGUCUCUCCAAUCCCUGGCCGAGGGGGUGUCCUCAAUGUUCCCAUUUCACCAGCCCUCUCCCUGACUCCCACCAUCUUCUCCUAUAGCCCAUCCCCAGGCCUGAGCCCUUUCACCAGCAGCAGUUGCUUUUCCUUCAACCCUGAGGAAAUGAAACACUACCUUCAUUCUCAAGCCUGUUCUGUGUUCAACUACCAUCUGAGUCCCCGGACAUUUCCCCGUUACCCAGGGCUCAUGGUUCCACCACUGCAGUGCCAAAUGCAUCCCGAAGAGUCAACCCCGUUUUCCAUCAAGCUGCAGCCCCCACCAGCUGGGCGCAAGAACCGGGAGAGGGUAGAGAGCAGGGAGGACCCGGCACCCGUCACUGCUCCCACCGUGGCGCCUGUGCCCCCAAGAAUUAAGGUCGAGCCAGCCUCUGAAAAGGAUCCUGAGAGUCUCGGGCACUCGGCCCAAGAGAAGGAGGAACACUCUCCGGAAGAGAGCGCCGUGCCGAGCAGGACCACGGAGGAGGAAAAGGGCGCCAUCUUUGCCCGCCCAGAGGCACCACCUGUCUGGCCUCCCGUACCCAUUAGCACCCCAAGCGAAGAACCCCUAGAAGUGACUGAAGACGGCGAAGAUAGGCCCGGCAAAGAGCCCAGUGCGCCUGAGAAGAAAGAAGAUGCCCUGAUGCCCCCCAAGCUUCGAUUGAAGCGGCGCUGGAAUGACGGCCCCGAAGCCCGAGAGCUGAGGAAGGAUGGCAAGUUCCUCUGGAAUGGGUCCGGACCGCAGGGCUUGGCCACGGCAGCUGCUGAUGCUUAG